AGAAUGUUCAUCUCUACUCAUGUUCAUUUCCGCUUCCCAUCUCUGCUUCGGGGACCCCUGCAAUCUGGCCAUUUACUCUUAGAUCCGUCCCUCUUUAGACAUUAAAAUUUUAGUUCUCAAAUUUUAUACAUUUAUUAUUUUUCGAGUAAAUGAAAUAUUUACCAUAAUCGUUCAUUGUCAAAUGUUCAUCAUUAUAAUAUAAUUCGUCGGUUUGUCAUUCAUUUAUUUCAUCGUAUGUCGUUUUUCACUUCUAAAAGUUAUAAUAAAUAAUUAAAAUAGAAUGUUAAAAUUAAAAAAAAAGAAAACUAAUCAAAAAGAAUAUUAUUUUUUCUCAAUUUAUGUACCUCUUUCGUAGAUGAUACUAAAACUGUUCCUCCUCACUAACGCAUUCAUACAGGACUGGAUUUAUUUUAAAACGGAGAUAUAACUAGAAAAUAAAAUUAAUAAUGCAUUGAGGAUGUCUCCUUUAGGCAUAUAAAUUGUUCAUAUCCUCAAUACUUAGAAAUAAAAACUCAUUGCGACUGACAUAAAUUAAUAAUCUACCAGCCUCUCUUUGAUGUAGGUAAAUGCUUCAUGUUUUGCAUAAUGAUUGAACUUGACAUUUUCCUACGUCUAUGGAGCGGUAUAACCUAUUUAAAACCUGUCCUCGUACUAACCUUCAUUGUAUGGAUCUCUACUGUCGCUGGUACCUGAUUCACUAGGGGCCGGUAUGGAGUUAGUUUCGAAUAUAAUAGUCAUAGAUUGUGUUAACUUAGAGACAUCAAUACCGAUGCAGGCCAAGUCCUGUUUGAAGCGUUACUUUAUUAAAUGAAAUGCGCUAUUUAAAAAAUAUUUAUAAAUCAUGUUGAGCCCAUUUUUAAUUAUGUGAAAAGAAAAUCACUGUUAAGACCACUUAUUCCAAUCUAAUGUAAAGAGGUUUUCUUCGCAAUCUACAUUAUGUCAGCCACAGGUAAUCCGAGGAAUAAAGUGGCUUUGAAACCAGGCCAUUCUUUGAUGGACUGGAUUCGGCUUGGUAAUAGUGGUGAAGAUUUAGCAGGAACUGGUGGUGCAAUUCUGCAGGUCACGAAAGAACAACUUGCCCAACAUUCAACUGAAAAAGAUGCCUGGUUAUGUAUAAGAGGAAAUGUUUAUAACAUCACAAGGUAUAUGGAUUUCCAUCCUGGUGGAGCAGAAGAACUUAUGAAAGGUGCUGGAAUUGAUGCAACUAAUCUAUUCAAUAAGGUUCAUCCCUGGGUCAAUUUUGAAUCAAUUCUCAAAAAAUGUUUAGUUGGAAGGCUGACUAGUGCAGUAGAUGAAAAUAUCUUUGAGAUUCCUAGCUCAAGCAAAAAAGAUAAAAUUAUAAGGGAACAGAAAGUUUCAAAUAGUUUACCUAUUGUUUUUGAUGGACCGAAGGUAGAUUGGUACCAACAACAGAACUUUAUUACCAUGGUUGUGUAUCUUAAAGAAUUACCAAAAAAAGUAAUAAUAAGUAAUGAGGAACCAACUGAAUUGUGGAUUUGGCUCAAUGAUAAAUGUGUUGGAUUUUCAUUGAUGCAAUCAAUUGUAUGGCCUCCUCUUCUGACUGUUACAGAUAGCAAGAUAGAAGCAAAGUACACAAAAGAAAAACCUGAUCUAUGGGAUGAUCCGUCUUAUAUACCUGAUGACUUCAAAGAGGCAUUAACAACUAUUCCUAUGAUUAUUGAUCGGAUCGAGCAUGUUAAUCACAAUGUUUUUUUGAUUGGACUAUCAAAUUCCAAACGAAUAGCUUUCCACGUUCCAAUUGGCUACCACAUACCUGUCAAGGCUAAUAUUAAUGGAACUUCAUUGGAAAGGAAUUAUACACCAGUUUGUGGGCUUGAUAAAAAACUAAGUAGUGAUGUAAAUUUGUUAAUCAAGUACUAUCCUGAUGGAGUUUUUAGUUCCUGGAUCACAUCAAGAAAGGUUGGAGCAACAGUGAUGAUUGGCCAUCCUGUUGGAAAUUUCUCUGUUGGCUUCCUGAUGAAAGCGACUCAUAUAAUACUGAUUUCGGCUGGAACAGGCUUUACUCCUAUGACUCGUUUGGUGGAUUGGGCCUUGGCAAGAAGGAACAAAGUAUUAGAAGUGAAAUUAAUUUUUUUCAACAAAGCAGUAAAGGACAUUAUUUGGAAAUCUGAGCUUCAAACUCUUGUAUCUAAUAAUCAGAGGUUCCGUGUUGAGCAUGUUCUCUCUGAACCUGAUUCAUCAUGGAAGAAAACCUCUGGCUGGAUCACUCCUCAGUUGCUUCAUUCCUACAUUCCAGAAUUUUCUGAUGAAGAUCCAUUGCGAUCAUUUUUCAUUUGUGUCUGUGGGCCGAUUUCAUUCACUCAGCUGACAGAAAGAUAUUUACAGGAUAUGGGAUACCCUCAUGAAAACUAUUUUUGUUUCAGAGGCUAAGUUAAAACUUUAUAAGGAAAUUUUUAUCUCAACUUAUGUUAAUAUCCUUUAAUUGUAGAAUAAGUAACCAAUUGUAUAUUGAUACCAAGUGCAUUGAUCCAUGCUUAUGCUUAAGCAUUAAUUCAAACUGUGAUAAAUGUAGUAAGUUUUCUUAGACCUACUGGAGCCUGAUAUUUUGAUAAUUUUUUUUCUAUUUAUUAUUUGUAGUUUUCAUAAUUUAUCACAAGAGUAUUUGGUACCUAACGAGUUUUGUUUUAAUCAACCAAAAUAAAACUGCUUUUAGUCCGAAUGGGUUCCCAAAUAGUCACACAUUUGUUUUUAAUAAAGAAUUUUAGAUUUUUUCAAUGUAAUAUUAAGAGAAUCAGGGUGGAUAUUAAUUACUUAUAAGAAUUAUUUGACUUAACAUCGUUGUGUAUUUCAAUUAUAACAAGAAAUGGGUUAUACUUAAAGAUUACAAACGUUUUCUAGCCAUUGUAGGAAGGUCAAAAUUUAUUUAUCAUAAGAAUUAAUUUUUCAGUGAUAUACUUUUCUUUAUUAUUUUUAGUUUAUUAUCUAGGUUGUGGUUAGCGUAGGAUUGUUUUAUGUUGUUUGUUUUUAUUUAUUUAUUUUUAAUUCUAAGGCUAUUUCGAAUUUAUUGCUCAUUGUUGAAAGUUUUUUUUUUAAAGUGAUUUUAAAGAAUAGUAUGAAUUUGAGUUUAUCUUAAAGGAAUUUUGUUAAGAAGUUUUUUUUUUUGUAAUAAAAAAUUAAUUCUCAAAAAUCAUUCAUUCCAUUACACAUUUUAAAUAACAGUUUAUUAACACUCAGGUGGUACAGUGGUUUGAGAAAAAACAUAUGGUACAGUCGGGUCAGACCUGACACGUUCUCUAUUUUAAUAUUUUUUUUUUAUUAUUUAAUGUCCACAGAAAUAUUUAAAAUAAUAUAUACCGAUAGUUUUAGUCUUUACAAUAAAGCUUAAAAAAAAAAAAAAAAAAAAAAAUGAGCCUGUACCACUUUAAUCCAUGGAAGGUUGUGGGCUCAGUACAUUAUAAGGAAGUACUUUUUUAAGGCCAACUUUCAACUUUAAAAUAAUUAACAGGGAUUAUAUUUAGUGUUUAUCAAUCCUCACAUAUAUUAUUACAGUAAAGAUUCAGAAUUUCACUGGGCUUGACCGAAUCAGUCUCUCCACUUUUGUUUUUCUUUCUAAAAUAAAUAAAAGCAAUAUAAACAUUUUGCUAGGCUUUAAUACUGGAACUAUGGUAAGUCUGUAGAUCGAUAUGGGACAAAUUGGGCUUUGAAAAUUUUGAUGCGUACACUGAGAUCCGGAUAGUUCCUGCAGAACUAUUGGGGCAUGUGUUUUAAAGCCAAAAACAUACCAUUUUCGAGAUAAUGCAAGGCAAAGGGUUCGCAUUCACACAACCUCACGUUAAUUGUAGUGCUGUCACGUGAUACGUGUCUCAUUUUGUCUACUUGAGGUCCCUAUGAUCGAAAGAGGAGUUCAUAUUAUUUAUCGAGCAAGAUUUUUUUUUUUUUUUUUUUUUUGUCAUUAAACUAUAUCUUCGUUAAUUCUUCAUCAAAACCCAAGAUUGAGCCUACCUGUUUUGAAGGUUUCCUUCUCUUUCAGGCAGAAAAAAUAGUCCCAUAACCCCCAAAAUUCAGGCAAAAAAGUUAUGAAAGAAAACAAAGUUUAUUUGCGAAUAACUCAAAAAUUACUCACUUUUUUCUUAUGCCUAUGAGGAUAUAGGAUCAUAGGUUAUACCUAUGAUUAUAUAAAAGAUUUCUAAAUUACAAUAAGAAAAAAAGAGCAUACAAAUCGGACAAUUAUUAGCUCAAUAAAAAAUAGGUUCCAAACAUGUGAAUGAAGUUUAAAAUUAAUUUUGGUUUCCUUUGUUGAUUAUUUUUAGUGAGAAAGUUACAAUUGAUUUCUCUAUCUUAUGAUAAAUUGCAUUCUUUUAUUUUCCUAUUAAUUUUUCAUUUGAUCAGUGGACAAUAUACUGUGCAAAUUUCUCGCAUGGGUCAACUAGUACAUUUCAAUGUAAUCGUUUAUUUCUAUUCCUAAUUUUACAAUAAUAUAGGAUGCAAACAGUAUUGAAGAAGCUAAGAAAUUAGGAACCAAAUAAUAUUCAGUCAAUAGAACAUUGAAUCAAAGUAUUCAAAAUGAUAUGGACUCUCCUAUUUGAUAAAAUCUAAAAUAAUAAGUAUAAUAUUUUUAGUCAUAAAUAUCUUCAAUAUCACUGUUCAGUAGACUUUCAUUUUCUCAUCUGAUUCCAAGACAUGCUCUUCCAGUUCUGAGUCUUACUCUUAGUUCUCUAAAGCAACUCAAUGUCUUAACCAUUUUAAUGCCUAAACCAUGAAAAAGAAAAAAUAAGUCUACUGUAAAAUUAGGAACAACUACAGUACUAUCGGGUUUAAAGCAACCUUAAAGAGCUCAUGAGAAAAUUGAAAUAAUGAUGUUCAGUUCACCUAACCAAUAACUGUUCGAUCUUUUAUAAAGAGAUUGGAAUAGGCGAGAGGGAGAAAAACUUAUGGACGAGAUCCAACCCCCACUGUACCACUUGAGAGUUAAACCUGCUCAUUGUAUUAUUUUUGUCUUUAAAUGAGAGGUGGGUCAGUUUAUUUCUGCUAUUAACAAUGAAGGGUGCCAAAUGAAAAUUUAUCAAUAUAAAGCCUAUUUUUAAAACUUUGAUAAUAGUUUUAACUUCAUGAUGUAUAUAUAGGUAUAUUUAUUUUUGUUAACAUAUGGUAUAUAUGUGUGUGUUUUUUUAUUUUUGACAUGAAUGUUGAAAACUGUUGCUGUGACAUAUAAGGUAUCAAAUUUGACAUUUCUAGCCCUCCCUUAAUGUUACUUAAAUGCUACUUCUCUUUGCAAAUAUGCAUAAAAAAAAUGUGUGACUUUUUUUUGUUCUUAUUUCUAUAUCCAUAAUCUACACUGAUUAAUAACAAUAAGAAAUUCAUGCAAGUAUUCCAUUAAUUAAAACUUGAGUGUAUUUCUUUCUGUUAUAGAUGUAUCACUACAUAUGUUGAACCAUUAUUCCAAUAAUUGCUAAUGUUGAAAGGUGGAUUUAUAAUCUGUGAAUAAUUUAAUUUAGAUAUAUGCUUCACUAAUUGGUACAAGGUAUUAAAAUCAAUACUAAAAUUUAUUUUCUUCUCAAACCCUCUUAAUAUUAUUUUUUUAUCUAAAAAUAGCGGAACUGGAUAUAAAAAUACAAAGUUGGUUAAGCGGUCUAGAAAUAUUUUCAUUUUUCUUUAUUAGUUCCAAAUAAUUGCAACUACUAUCUCAGUUAGCAGUAUGAAUUACAUGCAUCUUGUUGCAUUUACAUUAUUUUAUGAAAGGACAUAGCUAUUUUUGUAAUUUUUGAAAAUGAAAAAGUGUGUCAAUUAUUACUUGAAAAACCUUUUUUUGAUUCAUUUAGGUGUUUGUUGUUAGUAAAAGAUUUUAGUGGUUUCGUUUUACAAAUAAAGUUAAACUGUUAGAACUUCUUAUUACUUCUUCUUUGGUUGGAAAGUUUCUUGUUUUACUGCUGUAGUUAGCAAAUAUAACUUCCUUAUGAUUAUAGUUUAUUAUUUUUAUUACACUUUUGAGAAAUAUUCUUCAUAACUUUUAAAACAUUUAUUAUUUUCAUUUGCUGGUUCCUCUCUUUUUUGCUGUACUCCUUUUGUCACUAUGUAAAAGUUCUUUGUUAAUUUUCUAUGAUAGUACAUAUUUCGGAGUUAUUCUUUCACUUUAUUUUUGACCAACAAUUGGUUAUUGGACACCAAGUGUUGUUCAAUAAUAAUAAUAACACUAGAUAAUUUAUUCAGUUGUUGGAAUAUUUUUUGUGUUUUUAAAAAGCAAAAUUUUUAAUCUAUUAUAUACUGGUUUUAAAAAGUAAAAAUAAAAUUCUAUUGUAAAAUAAAUGAGUACUUCAUGAGUUAUUAUUGAGUUGAGUUAUUUUAUAUUUGUUGUACUAGUGUUAGUGUCAUCACUAAUGUGUUCACAUGUAGUAGUAAUAUUGUGUGUUUGUUGUUGGUAUAUUAUAUUUAUAUAAAUUCUAUUGUAUUUAUAUUUAAUGUAUCCCAAUCCUAAAAAUCUUCAACAAUUUACUUGAUUUAACUUUUAAGAAGAUUGUUUGAUUACUGCUGCUUUAUUUUAUUAAUAUUUUUAAAAGAGAUUUUUAUAAAAUUCACAAUAUCAAUUUAUAAAUUAGUGAAAAAUUGUACAAAAUUAAAUGUUAAUUUAAAAAAAUAUGAUCUAUUAAUUAGUAAUGUAGUGAAAAUGAAUGAAAAAACAAUUUUUUUUUGUAGGUAUUUGAUAUUUACUGUUAAUGAAAAAAAAAAAAAAAGGUCAGAAAAGAGAGAAAAUUGUAUUUUUUUUUUUUUUUUUUAAAUCACAUUUUAGAUGUUAGGAUUAAAGUUAUCAAAAUUCAAUAAAUUGAUCUGCACUCAUGAAUUUUUAUAGAAAGCAAUAAAAAUCAAACUGAUUUUAGUAGAAAAUAUUUGAUUACUUUAAUGUAAUUAAGAAAAAUAAAUAAUUUUUAUAGCUUAGGAAUAAUAGAAAGUUUAAAUAAAUCUUAAACAUAAUUUUCAUUUCUACCCAGUAGUAAUGCAUUGUUAACUUUCUGUUGCAUAUGGUUAAAGUCCAAAUGAGAUAUACCAUAAAAUUAAACAAGCAAUAAUUAUAAAAAUUAAUAGAAAAAUAUUUUUCAAGUAACUAGAGGUAGUGAAAAAUUUAUGUUUUCAAAUAAUAAUCUUAUGAAGUUUUUGCGGACAUUUCAUUAUGAAAUAAUCAUCUGUACAUAAAACUUUGCUCCAAUUUAUGAAAGAGCGUAAAUUAUAUUUUCUUUUUUUUCUAAUAAGCUGUUAUGAUUAACUUUUGAUGGCUCAGAUUUAAAGGGAUGAUAAAAUAUUUGAUGUAAAGUAUAAUUUUUGUGAUAAGAAAGAUAAUUUUGCUUUUGGACAUUUUGCCUGUUGGAUGAAAUAUUUUUAGUUUGUGAUAUAGGAGCUUAUAUGAAAACUUUGAGACAUGAAGGUGUAACAUGAAUUUAUUUUCAUGCACCAGUUACAUUUCUGUAUAUGAUGGUGCUUUUAAAUAUAAAUAUCUAAUUGAUUUUGUUCUUCACUGUGUAUAGAAUAUGUAUUCUAAGAUUUACAUUUAGUAACAAAAAACAUGAACAGGUCAUUGUCUAAUUGAUUCCUAAAGGAGAGGGAUGAAGACACUGUUAAUCUAAUAUGUAGAUAUGACAAAAUUCAAUUGAUUGAGUUAACCUUAUGUAAUUUUCUGUAAAAUUUGGGUGCUUUAAUAAUUUCGAAUUAUUCCAUAUUCUUUGAGUUAUAGUGAAGAAAUAUCAGUUGUUUUUGUGCUCGACUUAUCCAUAACGUUAUUUUUGAAUUAUUCACUUCUUUUUUUUUUUUUCACUGUGAUGGAAAAAAAAAUGUAUAUAUAUAUAUAUAUUUGUUAUUAUUUUAUUCCUAGUGCAAUAGUUACCAGCCUAUGUUCAAACAUUUUUCUAUUAUAUUACUCAGAGGUGUCAAUAUUUUAUUGCUGCCUAAUAGCCUUCCUUAAACAUGCAAUCAACACCAAUUUUUAAAUAAUAUGGAAUAGUCAAUUGUUUUUAGAUAGUGAUAAAUUAUAUAUUUUCAUACAGAGCAUAGCACAAUCAAACAAAUAGAAGAAGUGAAAUCAAUCAAAAGGUAAUUUGUAAUUGAAUUGAGAAAAAAAAGCUUUAUCAAAAGUAGGCUUUAAAUUUUUAUGAAGCAUUGGUACUUAUCAGAUAUUAUAUUACUUUUUUUGACUAAUGACAAUUUUUUUUACAGUGAGAUACAUUUUUUCUCUUACUAAAACUUAAUAUACUUGUUAUUGUAUAUUAUUAUGCAUUUCUAUUUUCUUACUAGGACAUUCAUGACAAGGUUGGGUAUGCGAUAAUCUGUGUUUCAAACUAUUGAUCGUUUCAGUUACAUCAGAGCAAAAUUAUCAAGAUUUUAUCUUUCCCUGAAUUUUUAUCAGGGAGGGUAAAUUCAAAGACAGACAUUUUGUUUGUAAAACUAAUGUUCAUUGAACAGUUAUGAAACUUAAACUUUGAAACAUAAAAUAGAAAUUCAGAAAUAUACAAGGUAUAAAUAUAUUUAAUCAGAUAACCAUUCAUGAUGUUCCUUAGAUAACCAUAAUGUUUGUUAGUAAUUAAUAUUUUUUAAAACUAAAAUAUUAAUAAAAAACUAAAAUAUUGAAGGUUUUUUCUGCUAGAUUUUUUUAUUUUAUUCAUAAUUAUGAAAUACUGUCAAGUCAAUGAAAUAGAAAUAAUUUUUUUGUGAAAAUUAACUCAAUAAUAUUAGGAUGUAAUCAAUUAGUUCUCCAAAUAACCUUGAAUUGCUAUACCUUUAAUCAAGGCUCAGGUAUUAGUAAGUUUGAUUACUAGAUAAUAAUAAUAAUAAACAAUUAUUAUUUUUAAUUAUAAAUAAAUAUAUCUAAUUCAUUUUAAAAACUUUUAUUUAGGAUUUUCUACGAAAGAAAUGGAUUUCCUUAUCCAAGAUUUUGUUUGCAUUCCUUCCACAUUUUUCUGUCCAAGAUCCAUUCUUCAUGCAUUUCCAUCAAAAAUUUCUGUAUUUAAAGUUUUCCUUGGCCAACUUCGUGUUCUUAUUCCAUCCAUUUUCCAAAAGUAUACAUAUCUCACAUGAUCAUUUUCCUUCAGGAAAUUUAAAUGUCCAUACCACCCAAGUGGUAAGAGUUUAAAAAAAUAAUAUAAAAAAAAAUAUUGUUAAACUUUAUUUUAGUUAUUCAAAAGAAGGGGUUAGAUUAUUGACAUUUAUAUCCCUUUGAAUAUCAUUUUUAUUCUGGAAAAUUGAAAUGUUGAUGGUCGAACAAAUGAAAACCUACGGUUCAUACACAUCAUCGCACUUAUAAAAUUUAACAUGAAUUUUCAGAACAUAUUUAUAAUUUAGGCACUUCAAAAAGUAAAAUAUGUUUGAGUUCAGGUAUUAGAAAUCAAUAAAAGAAAAAAAAAAUUGUUACCUUGUUAAAAGUGAUUUGCAGUAUAUGAUCAAGCAUUGAUUUUGAUAUAUGAUCAAGCAAUCAUGUAAUGUCAAUAGAUUGAUUCGUUAAUUUAUUCUUAAUAAGCUUUUAAUGAUAUAUAUUGCAAUAAUGUUGCAUACAUGGAGAACUGAAUAAGUAUACAUCCUCAUUCAAAAUAUUGACAUAAUUUUUCCAUUUAUAUUUACUCACAAUCAGUCAGAGAUUAAUCAAAGCAUCUUAAAACUAAUUGUUGAGUUUUUGGAAUAUAACAGGCACUCUCUUAUUUUAUAUUUCCAUGGUUUGAUGCUGGAUAAUGGGUGUUAUGUUUAUAAAAAGAGAAGCCAAUUAACUAAACCUUAAGCUAGAGAAUAUUUACUAUAGAUGUUAACUGCAUUUAAUAUCCAUAAAACAAGCAGUGUUACCUUAGAGAAAUCGCAUACACUCUAGAAUAAAGUUCCUAACAUAUUGAUUCUUCUUAUCUCUUCAUUAAUUUGUUCUGUCAAAUGCUAAAUGAUUGUACUACAUAGCUCACACACCAGAAUAUGGCAGAUUGAAUGAACCCACCCCUUCCUAGUACCAUUUAAGUUAGUUUAUAACCAUUAAUUUUUUUAAUUCUCAUAUAUUUAUUAAUUAUUGUUUUUAUUCAAUUUAUUUUCACAUUAACCAAAUUAAACCAACAUGUCAUGUAUAGCUCAAUUGUUUGUAAGUUGAAUUGAAUGUCUGAAAUAGAAAAGUUUCUUUCACACUUUUAGACUGUUCUUAUCACGUCACUGUAUUGUGGGUGAGCUGUAAUAAGACAUUCUGUGUUUGGAUUUUUUAGAGAAGUUAUGUUUUAGUUGUUGAAGGGUUUCAAGGUAAUGAUAUUUCGAAUAUCAUAUUAUUUAUUCUUAAUACACAACUUACCUUAAACAACUAUGUUAAUUUAAGAAUUUAGUUUGUUUCAGUUCACAUUAUUUAUUCGAUUUCUGUUUUUGAAAUUACUAUAAAAACAAAUGGGAAAAAGAUAUUUAAGAAUAAACUCUUUGUCAAAUGUAUCUUUUUCAAAACAAUAUUUUUAUAAAUAUUUAUAAAAUCCAUUAAAUUAUGUAAACAAAUUAAAAUUUGUAAACAUUUAUUUUAGUCCAUAAAGUUCAUAUGAAAUACCUACCACCGUUGGCAAUUAAUUUAAUAAAAAUAUUUCUUAUAUCUUUCUUUCUUUAUGCCUUUACCAUGUUCAUUGUUUUAUGAGUUAUUUAUUUAUUGUUACAUUCCUCAUCUACCCGAGUGGGUCAUUAGCGGCUUUAGAUGGAAUUAAAUUAGGUGGACAAAACUUUUAUGAAUUCAAAUACUUUUUGUAUCUUCUCUUCGUCAUCUGAAAGUGUAUCAGAAAUGUUGGAAAGGUACAUUAUGUUUUGUUCUGGUGUUAGAGUAUAAUCUGCAAGUUGUUAUAAUGUGUUUCAGUGUAAGUGAUAUGUUGCAUGUUUUACAAAAUGGUGGUUCCAGACCUCUCAUUAGGUAACCAUGGGUAAAGGCUGCAUGGCCAAUUCUAAGUCGAGUUAAAAUUAUUUCUCUGUUCUGUUCUUUCUGAAAGAGGUUGUCCAUGGUUGGAUAUCUUUUUUAAUUUCUUGCUGUUUGUUGGUUGAUCGGUUCCACUUAAAUUGCUAUUUUCCAUUUAACAUUUUUUUGCAUUCCAAUCUUCAGUCAGCAGUGGUCGUUAAAUUGAUCAUUGAUGAUUUGUUUGUUCUAUAUUUUUUUCUUUUUGCGAGGUUUGUAGCCCUGUAUGCAGCUUCGUUUCCAGAUAUGGCACAAUGUGAGGGUACCCAUGUAAGAACGAUGUCUCUAUCCGCCAACUCCUUCAUUUCCCAGAGGCAGUGUUUGAUUUUUCUGGAAAUGGCAUUGUCGGAAUUCCCUUUGGCAAUGGCCAUUAAUGAGCUUAAAGAGUCUGUAACUAUAAGGCCAUGUUUUAUGUUUUUUUCUGUUAGCAAUAACAAGGAUAUGUGGUGAAUAGUUUGCCUGUGAAGACGCUGUUUAUUUGGGACAAAUUGAAUUUGAGGCACUGGUCUUUCAGUAUUACUGCACAUCCAACGUCACUAUCUGUUUUUGAUACAUCUGUAUAAAGGGUUGUGUGUCUGAGGUUUUUGUGUUUCAUUUCUGUAAAUAAGUUUUUUUUGACAAAUUGGUUGUCGUGAGUUUGUAUUUUCUUAGAAAGAGACUUAUCUGUUUUUAUGAAAGAGUUAUUCCAUUGAGAGAAUAAAACAUCGUCUAUUGUCAUUAUAUUGUCCAGUCUGAAGUCUAAUUGUAAAAGGAGUUUGUGAGUUUUCUCUGUAGUUGAGUUUUCUGUGUAGUGCCAGUUGAGUAUUACACUUGGUUGGUGCUGAUCCUGGUAAACAAACUAUGUUUAGGGUGAUCCGUUUUAGAAACUAUAGAUGAGGCGUCAACUAGAGCAAGAUAGUUUCUUCUUUAAGCUAAGCUCGAUUCUCCACUUUCAAUGUAUAGACUCUCAAAGGGAGAGGAUCUAAACGUCCCGGUGCAUAAUCUUAUUGCAGUGUUGUGGACGGUGUCAAGUAUUUUUAGUGCUCUCUCAAAGGCUGAAUUAUGUACAGUACUUCCAUAGUCUAUUUUACUUCUUAUUAAAGUUCGAUACAGGAUAAAUAGUGUCUUUCUGUUGGCUCUCCAGUUCAUUCCAGAAACAGCCCUUAGUAUAUUUAUUAGUUUUAUGCAAUCUGCUCUCAAAUUACGCAACUGCUAUGUCCAUCUCAGUUGCCUGUCAAACCACAUCCCAAGGAAAUGAAUGUUUUCCACGAAUGGUAAAAUUUCUCUUUUUAUUGAUAGUGUUGGAUUAUCAGAACAUUAUAUUUUCUGGCAGAAAUGGACACACUUGGUUUUGGUUCAUUCCAAUAACUUGUUCACAAUAUAUUGUCUCCAUAAUCUAUCGUAUGAUUUUUGGAUAUCAAAGAAAAUGGCAAUUAGAUGUUCUUUUUUUUUGAUAAACUAUUUGUAUUUCUGAUUCCAGUUUUAUCAGUUGAUCUAAGGUUGAACGAUUUUUAACAAAACCGCAUUGUUUGUUGGCUUCUUUGCAAGCUGCUUUUUUGCAAAGGUAUCUGUCAACCUUAGAUUGACCAUCUUUUCCAUUAAGUUUGAAGUAGAGCAGGUAAGGUCAAAAGCAAUCAGGAUUAAUAACAUUUUUGUUCUUAGGUAUUGGUAUGAUUAUUGAUUUGUGCCGUAAGUCAGGUGUGGUUCCCUCUGUAUAUAUAACCCCCCAUAUAUUAUUGUACAAUUUUAAGAGAUAUUUUUUGGCUUCAAUAGGGAGUUUUUUUAGGAAUAAAUAUAGAAUUUGAUCAAGACACAGGGUUGAUUUCGGUUUACAUUUUAGUAAGACAUUAUUAAGUUCCUCUAUGGUAAAUGUCGCAUUAUAGCUUUCCAUUCCUCGCAUUUGAUUAUGACCCGUUGGCAUUCAGUCGACUUUUUGUGGUUAAAAAAACUUUGGUCGUAAUUUUCAGUGGCAGAUAUUUUUUGAAAGUAGGAUCCUAGUUUAUUUGCUAUCUCAACAUUUUCUGUUAUUAUGCCAUUUUAUGUUUUUAAACCUGAUAUUGUGGACAUUUUUUUGUAUUCCUUAAUUGUUUUAAUUUUGGACCAUAUUUGAUGAGACAUAGUCGAACUGUUUAUUGAAGACAUGUAUUCUCUCCAAUAUUCUUUUUUUAUUUGUUUUUUAAUUUUAUUAGCAUAGGCUCUCCGUUCCUUUAAUUCUAUCAGAUCAGAUAAUAAUUUGGAUUUUUUGUGUCUAUUUAAUGCUCUCUUUUUUACCUUCACUGCGUUACUGCAUUCAGUAUUCCACCAUGGAACUUGGACACGAGAAUAUUCUUUUUUUUCUUAGGAAUACUAUGAGAUGCUGCUCUGAGUACUAUCUGGUUAAAAACGUUUAGCUGUUCAUUGAUGUUUGUAUACUCAAGUGUGUCUAAAGAGCUUUUGUUUUGGUUUAUAUUUGCAAUUAUUUCUUCCUUAUAAAUUUCCCAUUCAGCUGAAGAAUACUGCUAUCGGUUGUUGUAUUGUACAAAUGGUCUAUUUUCUGGAAUUUCUAGGAGAAUCGGGAAGUGAUCACUGCCAAAUAAUUCACCUGACACUCUCCAGUUCGUUGUUGAUAAGAAAUGGUGUUCACAGAGACUGAGAUCAAGAGUUGUAAGUGUAUUGGUGCUCAGAUUAAGAUGGGUUUUAGUACCGUCGUUCAAUAAUGCUGUACUUUUAUCGACUUCUAAAUAUUUUAUCAAGAUAUUACCUCUGUUAUCGAUAUAGUCAGAUAAAAGCUUCAGAAAGGAUGGUGGCCGUUCAUGUCUCUAUUAAGCCAACACAGUUCUUCGGUAGAAAAUUAUUAUUUAUUAUUAUUAUUUAAUAUUAGUUAUUUAUUAUUUGUGAAUUUUUGAUAUCUUCUGAACAGCUAUUUAUAGAAGUUGUAUUUAUAACAGUGUGUUUUGAUUCUUAAUGAGUUUAUUACCUAAGGAGUCAAAGUGUUUUUUUUUUUAAAGAAAUUCAGGGUUAUUCUACGUUUAUCUGAUUGUGCUUUUUAUGGGUAUCAUAAAUUAUAUAAAAUGCAUUUAUAUUCUUUUUAUAUAAAAUAUUUUAUUUAUUUUUGACUGUAUAUAAAUCAAUAAAUGAGAUAUAUUUGAUACAUCUAAUUAAUUAAAAAAAUGAAUUGUACAAUAUACAUGUAUAUAUAUAUAUAUAUCUAUAUAAAAUAGAGCCAACAAAUAGCACCUUUUUUGUUUCAUAAAUAAUACAUUGUACUUCAAUAUAUUUGAACUUUAAUCGAGAAUAACUAAUUUAUAUAUCAGUACCACAUGCUCCAUUAAUAAAGAGACAUAUUUUUUAUAAUGGUCUUAUUGACCUGUGAUGUGAUGCACUGUAUAUGUACAUGUAAAUCUUAAUUAUUUUUUAAUUAAGAUCAAUUUAAUUUAAUUACACAGUAAUAGUAAUUUGAAUGGUAUUAGAUUAUAUCAUGUUAAGUUAUCUCAUUUUGUAAUAUUUCAUACUAAAAUAUGAUAACAUACUCUAUCGACACCUAUUAAUUUUCAUCUUUGAUAUUUAGAUGAUUAAUAUUUAAUUUAAUAAUAUCAAUUAAAACUUUCACAAUUUACUUCACAGUUACUCCUACUUCCCUCUAUUUUUAUUUCAUUGUAUAAAUAGUAAAAAUCCAUACUAAUGUUUUAAAAAUAUUACAAAAAUAUUUUUUUUUACAUCAAAACAUAUAAAUGCAGUGUAUCUCGACUGCAUAACAUUUAACAACAAAGUUACUUAACUUAAAAUUCAGUACAGAAAUCACAAAAAAAAACAACAAUUUUAACUUAAAAAUACGUUACUAAUACGCUGCUUGCUUCUGACUCCUCUUCCAGAAUGCAAGGAAACCAAUCACGUGGCAUGCUAUAUAAAUAGCCACAAGUCCACCAAUAUCAAAAUAAAAACCAUUUUUGUAGUAGCCGUAAUUUUCAAGAACUUCACUUCCUGUUGCUAUACAUGGAGCUUCUGGAUUAUCUGAACAGGCUACAAUUAUAAGAAAAACACAUUAAUAGUUGACGGAUUAGUUGAUUAAGUACAAUCAAUGUUAAACAUUUAAAUAUAUUAAUCUCUAAGUUUGUAUUAAUCAAUUGUAAAAUUUUUCAAUAUUAUACUGCAAACAGUUUUUUUUUUUU